AUGACAAACUUUCCUAAAACGUUCGAAAAGAAUUUUGAAAAGCAAGCAGACGUUAGCGGCAGUAGCAGUGAUGGAAAAGAGCUCCAUAACGUACCACGACCAGCAAUAUCAGCCAUAACAGUAAAUAAUUGCAGUAUUGCAGACAUUUCGAAAAACCAAGACUCGCAUACGAAAAAUCAACAAAUGGAUUUUGCAUCGCUAAUCUCUAUAACUAUGACACCAGUAGCAUCGUCUUCACCGCGAAAUAGUUCCGAUUUUAGUGGGAUCGUGUCUUUUAAUCCCCAUCAACGAAAUAAACUUGUGCCUCCUCGACAAUAUUUUGCAACCAGGUUAAGUAGCGAUCGCAGUAGUGAUGGCGGAUACUUUACGCCAAAUAAUAGUGAGCAUAGCGGUAAUAACAAUGAACAACAACGCGGUUACCAAAGAACGUUCAACUCAUGUUCGAAACAAUGGUCACUUGAUUCCUCCCGACUUAGCAGCGGUAGUAACAGUAGUACUGGGAGCAUCGUUUUUUCUCGAAGCAACCAUAACUAUUAUCAGCCAACUUCACCUGAGAUAAAGCACGAACGAAAAUCAGUUCUUUGUAAUAGCAGCGGUCGAAGAAACCUCUCGAACCUUGCUACAAAUAUUCGUAGUGGCCGAUUUUACGGUAAGAUACCACCUGGUACGUCGAAACCGACUGCGACAACGCACUUUGCUAGCAGCAAAUGCUUCAACGCAACUUUGCCUUCAAGUUUACCUCAACCGCCACAGCAGUGGCUGCUUAAUAAGACCGAUCAUUACCUAAGCUUUAACGUUGGCGAGGGCAAAGAUGAGCGCGAGUUGGCGAAGAGUGUUAAUACCUUCGAUUACUACAAUUUGAAGAUGUUGCUCACAGUAGGCGCAUAA